GUAAUUUCUGUAUAAUCAGCCAUGAUCCUGGAAGCAAUAUACCUGCUUUCAAGUAGGUAUGUUUGCUUCGCUCUACCUCGUAACCAAACAACUCUCUUCCGAGGCUACGAUGGCAAUCCCCCGUUCGAAAACCCUUCGUGGAAUAACUCAUUACGUGUGCCAACAAGUGUAAACGGCCCAAGAGGAAAGCGACGGUAGCGUUCGAUGGCUGUGUGAUGCAUGCGCGCGCAUGUCAGCCGGGGAAAACUCCGUGCCUACUUGUUACAUCCAAGUGUCCGUAGCUUUGCCUGCUCCGGGCCCCGACUCUGCUGGCCUAUCGCUCCGGGAAACUGCUGUUGCUCUCAUCGUGUUAUCUUCCUGGAAAAAGCCCGUCGCGAGUGAACGUGAAAGUGUUGAGUGAGAAGAAUGAUGGACGCGUCAUUUCUUGUCCGUAUUUGAGGCACGCAACUAGUUGCUUGUCUCUUUUGGUCUAGGAGAAAAAGAUCCGAAUUCAUGAACUUUUUUUGUGUAUGGUUUCAACUAAUACCUGCAUUGGAAUUUGUACAAGUGAGAUGGAUGGCGAAGAAUCACAAACAUGUAAUGAAGAAGAGCAAGCACAACUAGUAACAAUCACUUAUCCGCAGCCAUUGGCAUUUUUUGUUGGUUAAUUGCAAUAACAAUUGUCUCCAAAUGAUGCUGCCUACGAAUGUGAUGUCUUUCAUGAAGAAGAUGGUGGCAACGGAGGGUUCACCUGGUGCGACAACGGCCGAUGCAAAUGACACCGGCACAACGUUCGGCAAACUUAAGCAAACUCUAUCUUCCUCUCUCCUAACUGCCCAGGAUAAAGUUGUGAAAAUGACACCACGACCUUCGUUGAUACCAGAUUUGGAUCAUGUGCCUCCUGCUGAAGAAAAACCCCCAACACCAUCCCAAGCCACACCACCAGCUAGACCGGAACCCGGUAAACCACCUAGUCGUGCAGGUGCCUGUAGAGUAUGCCUGAAAGCUUUCAAACCGGAAGACUUCAGUCGAACAUGCGCCGAAUGUAAACAGAGGGUAUGUGAAGACUGUGCAAGCUACAGCAAACUGACAGAAGAUGAUGAUCCGGCAAACUGGACAUGCAGUGUGUGCCGGCGGAAGCUUCAGUCUAGGGCUGCAGUGCAAGCCACUACAGAUUCUAACGAGAGCCUGCUGGAUAUUCCCAUACAAGAACUUCAACGAAGACACUCGGAGGCAAGAUUAGGCUCGAGCAGCAUUGGGAGCGGGAUAUUGGGAAAUGUGGGAAGCGGUCUGGUACCACCUAGAAGUCCGGACUUGAGAAGACAUUCGGACGUUUCACCAGCGUCGCUCAAAGAAAUAGAAAAGCUGAAAGUGGGGGGCACUAAGACUCCUGACACAGAUUGGACGAGAGGAAGAGGUGCCGGUCGUAGUACUGCCAACAGUAGAGCGAACAGUCCCCCAAGAGAGCAAACAACUACGGUUCUUCCUCCAACUCAACGUUCAAGAAGGGGAUCUCGGGUAGCUAGACAACGCAGUUACGAUGAAGAGGUAAAAAAUUCAAUUGCACCAGGAAAUGCAGAACCAGGCCUAGGUCUUCCACCUCCAAUGCCAAGGAGAGCAUCUGCGUACGAUGUGUAUGCCGUUCCAGGAUUGAACGCGACACCCAUUGUUCCUCCAUCAGGAAGAAGAGCAUCUUUCAGAGUUGCAGCACCUCCAGAACCAACCAGUCCGCCGAGUCCAGAUUCGGGGCCUUCAAUAGCAGCACUCACAAUAUCUCCAGAAGAAGAUAGAAGAACGAGGAGAAGAGGUUCACAAUUACCUGAUAUCGCUGGAUUACGUAACAUUCCUGCACCCAGACCAGCACCACCUUUGGAGGAAAUUGAAACCACACCACGGAGGCAGGCCUCAGUAGAUGCAGAAGCAAUACGAAUCAUCAUUCACGAUGUUGACUCCGGCGGAGGCUCUUCAGCUAAGAAAAGAGUCAUUUUGAGGAGGGAUCCAUCGGAUAAAGCACAUAGAACUCGAGGCUACGGAAUGAGAGUAGUUGGCGGUAAAGCAUCGGCUGAUGGACGACUCUUCGCCUACGUAGUUUGGACUGUCCCAGGGGGGCCUGCAGAGAAAGGGGGGCUGCAACAGGGAGAUAGAGUUCUUGAAUGGGGUGGUGUUUCGCUCAUAGAUAGAUCGUUUGAAGAAGUAUGCGCUAUAAUGGAUAGAACGGGAGACGUUGUGGAAUUAUUGGUAGAACAUCCAACCGACUUGAGAAUGUGUGAUUUGUUUGACGAACCUGGGCCAUCAGUUUGCCCAGGAAGAAAACAGUCAGAAGGUGUCAUGACUGCGUUGCACGUAGAAUCCGAUGCCGAGAAAACUCCAUCAUCUCCAACAAGAAGAAAACUUCCGAAGACGCCGGAGCAACUAGCGAGGGAAAGGACUGUAUCUGGAAGAGUUCAAAUUCAAGUUUGGUAUCAUGACGAAAGGAAAGAACUUGUGGUUUCCGUUUUGGCUGCCGAUGAUUUGGCACCAAGAGAUGAUAGUUUAGGUUAUGGAGCACUACCAGAGGCUUAUGCUCGCUUAUGUUUACUGCCUCUGACAUGUGAGGAGCAUUGUGUUCAAACAGAAGUGGCCCCUGCUAGUCAGAAUCCAAUCUGGAACGCCAACUUAAGCUUUCCUCGUGUACCGGGUGAUGAGUUGAUGGAAAGAAUUUUAGAGAUAACCUUAUGGGACCUUAUACCACACAACGAACAUGCCUUUUUGGGAGAGUGCUCAGUCGAUAUACAAAAGGCCUUUUUAGAUGACAGGGCAGUAUGGUGUAGACUGGAAGAUCCGAGACAGUUAAGAGGUCGAUCGCCUCACAGUUCACCAAGAGGUUCUAAUGCGGGUAUGGGCAAAUUUGGUCAGAGGAGCAUGUCCGACGAUGUGGAUUCUAUAGGGGAAUGUGGAACUCUUUUACAUCCGGAUCAUGCUUGGGGUUCAAGAAGAGGGUCAUCGCAGUCCGAGCAGCUGGAAGUGGAAGUCUACAACUUGGGAAAAGAUUUCUCGAGAUCCCUUCCCGGAUCCAGAAGGUCCUCUUUCCAAUCUGCCCAAGAACAAGCCGACCAAGAUGUGCCCGCAGUACCUCCUCCUGCCUCGUACAGUAGAGAUAGAAGAAGGAGCAGUUGCACUAGGAUGCUGAGGGACCCCGAGGAAAUUUUGAAGUCUCUGAAAGCUGUGAAGGGUGAACUGGGACGUACUAUGAGUCUGACUGGCGAAAAGCGAUCUCGAAGAGCGAGCGCCGUCUCGUCACGUGAGGAACGGAAGAACAGUGUCAUGGAAAUCGCAGAAGUCCCAAAGGAAGAUUCCCCUCCUUCGAGUCCAGAGCGCACCUCACCUCCAAGACUAGGCCCGGGACAAAUCCAGCCGAGAGGUUUCCGUCUCUCCAGCCUCCGCCCGGUCGAGCUGAAGCUCAGCCUGCUGAUGACCAAGGGCCAACUGGAGGUCGAAGUUUACACUGCUAGACACAUUGUGCCGAGAGAAUCCCUGCCAGACACCUACGUCAAAUGCUAUCUCCGCGACGGGGAGAAAUGGCUGCAGAAGAAGAAAACCAGAGUGAUCCGGCAUUCUUGCAGGCCACGUUUCAAACAAACCCUCAAAUAUCACGCCGUUGAUGUAUUAGGUAGAACCUUGGUGGUUAUGUUGUGGGAGAAACAAGGGGGCUUUGAGCACAACCAAGGGAUCGGAGGCGCGGAGAUAUCGUUAGAUGCGCUCACUUUGACACGUUUGACUACCGGAUGGUAUCCGCUAUUUCCGAUUAAUACUCUCGGUUCCGAUUCUAAUGAUUCACCUUGACUGGAUCUAAAUAGCCCAGUCGAGAGUUUGGAGUAAAUGAUUCAUUUAUGCCGAGGCCAA